AUGGAGGAUGUGACAUUCACCGCAAGCGAAGGUGACAAAAGCUGUGAUGAUGAUACAACCCUGACAGCUUCAACUGUGCUCGGCAUGAAUGAAAGUGUUGAGUAUGUGAUCAUUUAAUUAUAACUGAAAUUUUGCACAUUGCAGAGUUUUAUCUCUCUACUCCUUAGUGGUUUGAAUAGAAUACUUUAUACCCAAAUUUAAAGUAAUUCAGUUUAAACACAUUUAAUUCACAGUACACUUAUGUUCUAUACCUAUUUUAAACCAAAUUGUAAUUUUUAGCCUCACAUGUUCAUUUUAGAUUGCCUCUGCUGGAAGUAUCCAUUGAGGAUGAUGUGUUCAACACUUCAAUCUAUGGCCACAAUGACGAAGUUCUGGCAGAUGAUGGAACUGAAGCAAGUGAUAGCACCGACAAAAUACCUGUAAUGACAGUACCUCCAGAGGAAGCUAUUCAAAUGGAUAAAUGUAUUGUUGUUUUUACUGAUACUCUCAUGUCAUUGCUGAGGAAUUACAUGGGAGAAUCUACAAACGACCUGGCUGUGAUCGUGUCCUGGAUUAUCGCAAGACCUAUGUUGUUUCCUGGGGAUGCAGUGCUGGUCAUAAAGGAAGCAGAUGGGCAGCUCAACCCAGUUGUGAUAAGAUAAGAGCUGGGAAUCUCAUGCUUGCUUCUGCUUUGUUGUUGUCUGUCAGUAUUUUUCUAAAACACUGUUUACUCAGUACCAGAGUCUGUACAUUUCCCCUGCUGUGAAUGAGUUCUGGGAACAACACAAGGAGGAGCUUUGGGAGGAAAAGGCCGGGAAAGAUGUUGUGCUAAGUGGUGAUGGAAGGAAUGAUUCUCCUGGGCAUUCAGCACAAUACUGCACAUACAGUCUAGCUGACAUGGAAGAUCAUGCCAUAUUGCAAAUGAACAUCAUGUACGUUAGGGAAGCUGCUGGAAAGAGCAACAAUAUGGAACGGAUUGGUUUCGAAAGAGGGAUGGAUAAGCUGCUUACAUCACAGAUGUCAGUAAAGGAAGUUGUAACUGAUGGUCACUUAGAAAUUGCAGCACUUAUGAGUAAGUACCUAUGCAUAAGACUGUUUAACCCAUUGAGCUACAAUGUGCGUGCGCCCUACUUAUUUUUUUUACCUGUCUAACACCAGAUGAUGUUACUCAUCAAUGGAGAAGCUCUGUAGCUUAAUGAGUUAAAUAAAAUAUUUCCCCAGCUAUGAGAUGUACCUUUAGUAGUUCAGUUACCCAGCCCUAUAGCAAUGAAGAACAAUAUGCCCAGCCAAUUUGAAAAAAAAUUAGAUGAAAUUAUUUCUAGUAAGUAGUAACUACUGUACUUCAUGUGUGUUCAUUUCGUAGAAAAAUCAGACAAGAAUAAAGAUGUGAAACAUCAAAAUGAUGUGUGGCAUGGAGGAAAGUCACCAGCAAAGAAGAAAGUCACUAGCAAAGAAGAUCAAUGCA